AUGGUAGUAUUUGGGCUGGUGGUGUUCCUACUGCUUUCACAGGGGAUAUGCAUAUUUGCUCCUAUUCCUCAAUGUUCUAUCAAAGAACCUGUUCCUAUUAUUCACAAAUAUUAUCAGGCGGGAGACCUCAUCAUUGCUGGCAUUAUUUCUCAGAUCUACAUAUUUUCAAGCACCAUAUCCUUUGAAAAACACCCGGCUCAAGAACUUUCUGAUGACCACAUUCAUUUCAGUGCCAGCUGGACCUAUCAAGCCUCCAUUGAACUACUCUCCAGACGGGCCAAGUUCAUCCCUAACUACAAGUGUGAUGUUGAGAAUACUCCAGUAGCAGUCAUCGGGGGACCAAACUCUAAUGUCUGUCUUCACAUGGCAACUAUCCUGUGCAUGUACAAGAUGCCACAACUCAUAUAUGGCUCUUCUCCAGUCAUGAAUAACGAAACUCAAGCGGUUUUCUUUCACCGGAUGUUCCCAAAUGGUGCCUUUCAGUACAAGGGAAUUCUCCACCUACUUCUGCAUUUCUCAUGGACGUGGAUUGGAGUUGUUUCCCAGGAUGACGACAAUACAGAGAGCUUUAUUGACAACAUACUUCCUCUACUUUCCCAGGGUGGCAUCUGCUUUGACUUCAUUGAAAAAUUCCCCAAACUAACUUCUUCCAGUGGCUUUGGAGACAUGGUAGGAGAGGGCUUCAAGACAGUCAAUGUUGCUAUGUCAAGUACUGCCCAUGUUGUGCUUGUGCAUGGAGAAAUUCAGACCAUGAUGGUUUUUAGAACAAUGCCCCAGAUUGCAGAAAUGGAGAAUAUGCCAUGGAGAACAAUGGCUAAAAUUUGGGUUAUGACAGCCCAGAUGGAUUUCACUUCAUUCCCCUUCCAAAGACAUUGGGACAUACAUUUUCUCCAUGGUGCUUUGUCCCUUUCAGUUCAUUCAAAGGAGGUGCUACAUUUCCACACAUUUCUUCAGAACAGAAACCCUGCUUCAGAAGAAGAAGAAGGCUUCAUCAGGGAGUUCUGGGAAGAAUCAUUUGAGUGUUCAUUUCCCACUUCUGCAGCACACAAGAUGGACAGGAAAAGGUGUUCUGGGAAUGAGAGGCUGGAGAUGCUUCCUGUUUCUACAUUUGAAAUGGGCAUGACUGCUCAUAGUUACAGCGUCUACAAUGCAGUCUAUGCAAUAGCACAUAGUUUGCAUUCCAGUUAUUUAUCACAAUUCAAAUACAAAGGAAUAUCAUGUGGUGGAAAGUGGAAGCUUCUGAAGGCACAACAUUGGCAGCUCCACCACAUUCUCAGGAGAAUUUCAUUUAACAGCAGUGUGGGGGAAAUGGUGUCCUUUGAUCAAAAUGGGGAAUUGGCUGCUGGAUUUGACAUUAUAAACUGGUUCACAUUCCCAAACCAGACCUUCUUCAGAGUUAAAGUGGGAAAGAUUGACCCUCUGACUCUCCAAGAUAAGAAAGAUGCUGUGACCUCCCUGGACAAAGUCUUUACCAUUCAUGAGGAUCUCAUCUUAUGGCCCAAACAAUUUAACCAGUCACAGCCCCUUUCCAUGUGCAAUGACCACUGCCAUCCAGGUUAUAGUAGGACCAAGAUAGAAGGGAAGCCGUUUUGCUGCUACGAUUGCUUUCCAUGUCCAGAGGGGAAGAUCUCAAACUGGAAAGACAUGGAUGAUUGUUUUCAAUGUCCAGGAGAUGAAUAUCCAAACAUUGGUCAGGAUACAUGCCUUCCAAAAACCAUUAGCUUCCUUUCUCGCAAAGAGCCUCUGGGGAUCAGCUUGGACACUUUUGCUCUCUCCUUUUCUUGCAUCACAGCUUUUGUGCUUGGAAUCUUCAUGAAGAACAAGGACACACCCAUAGUCAGAGCAAACAACAGGGGCCUCACCUACACUCUCCUCAUCGCCCUCCUGCUCUGCUUCCUUUCUGCUUUGCUGUUCAUUGGACAGCCGGAGGUUGUGACCUGCCUCCUUCGACAAAUACUUUUCAGCAUAAUCUUCUCCGUGGCAGUUUCUUGCGUAUUGGCCAAAACCACCAUUGUGGUUCUAGCUUUCAUGGCCACGAAGCCAGGGUCCAGGAUCAGGAAAUGGGUGGGGAAACAAUUAGCCAUCUCCAUAGUCCUUUCGUGCUCCCUGAUUCAAGCCACAAUAUGUAGCGUGUGGCUGGCAACCACUCCCCCAUUCCCAGACUUUGACAUACACUCAAUGCCAAAGGAAAUUGUGCUUGAAUGCAAUGAAGGUUCCACUAUCAUGCUUUACUGUGUUCUGGGCUUCAUGUGUCUCCUGGCCAUUGUCAGCUUCACGGUGGCCUUCUUAGCUAGAAAGUUGCCAGACAGUUUCAAUGAAGCCAAGUUCAUCACCUUCAGCAUGUUGAUCUUUUGCACGGUAUGGCUGUCCUUUGUUCCCACGUAUCUGAGUACAAAGGGGAAGUACAUGGUGGCUGUGGAGAUCUUCUCCAUUUUGUCCUCCAGUUUUGGGUUACUGAGCUGCAUCUUUUCCCCAAAAUGCUAUGUCAUUUUACUCAGACCUGAUCUGAAUAGCAAAGAGCAGCUAAACAUAAGAAAGAAUUAA